AUGUGCGCGGAGCUCGGCGGAAAGCUGGUGGCCCCGGCGCUGCUGCUGGCCCUGGUUAUGGCCAUGCUGCUGGCCAGCGCCCGGGCUGCCGCGGGCACUGAGGCCACGCACCCGCCGGAGGGGCCGCAGGACAGGACCCCGCAGCAGAAGGGGCGCCUGUCCCUGCAGAACACAGCUGAAAUCCAGCACUGCCUGGUAAAUGCUGGCGAUGUGGGAUGUGGAGUGUUUGAAUGCUUUGAGAACAAUUCUUGCGAGAUCCGAGGCUUACACGAGAUCUGCAUGACAUUCCUGCACAACGCUGGAAAAUUCGAUGCCCAGGGAAAAUCCUUCAUUAAAGACGCUCUGAAGUGUAAGGCUCAUGCCUUGAGGCAUAAAUUCAGCUGCAUCAGCCGUAAGUGCCCUGCCAUUAAAGAGAUGGUGUUCCAGUUACAGCGGGAGUGCUACCUGAAGCAUGACCUCUGCUCUGCUGCCAAGGAGAACGUCCAGGUCAUUGUGGAGAUGAUUCACUUCAAAGACCUGCUGCAGCAUGAGCCUUACGUUGACCUAGUGAACAUCCUGCUGACCUGUGGCGAGGAGGUGAAGAAGGCAAUAACCAGGAGUGUCCAGGCCCAGUGUGAACAGAACUGGGGAAGCCUCUGCUCCAUCCUGAGCUUCUGCACCUCCGCCGUGCACGGGGACGCCGAGAAGAAGGUGGGGGAAGGCAGCAGGGCCAGUGCUGGCCGUGGGGACAUGGUGGCCCACGCCGACCCCGAGCACAGGGAGAGCUCACGAGCAGCCAAGGGAGAGAGAGGUACCAAGGGCCACUCCAACACCCGGGCCAAAGCUGGGGGCCACAGUCCCAAAGGGGCCCACGGGAUCCUGGACCGGGCAGAAGAACUGUCCGACUUCUCCGACGUCAGGAGGUGAAAAAAGGCACCAGCUCCCCCUUCCUUCCCCCCCCCAAAAAAAAAACAAAAACCUCCUCCCCUGAGUUCCAUCCUCCCGUCUAUGGACAUUCCAAAGCAUUUCCCAUUCAGAGGUCAAGCACAGGGCAUUGCAAGAUAUCUAUGGACCUCGGCAUCAGUGUGUAUAUAGUAGCAAAGGGAGAGCAGUGGCAAUGGGUUAUCGAUCCAGCAAACGCGGCGCUCGGGUGGCAAAAUGUCUCCAGAUAAAUUCUUUCCCCUUUUAUUUUAUUUUAUUUUAUUUUUUUUUUGGACAAAACGGACAUCAUCUGAAAUUUA